AUGCGCUGCAACCGGCGGCGAGACGAGCGAGGAAACCGCCAAACAGCACAAGCGGCGUUGGUGGCGGCAGGGGGGAGCGGGAAGGAGGGCGAGGGGAGGGUGAAGGGAGGGCUGCUGAUGGGGCUGACGGAGCCAAUGGAGGAAGCCUUUGGCGCAACUGACAAUGGGAGGGGCAGCUUAGCCAAGCUGAGAGCCUCUCCCAACCUGCUUCUUUCCCGUUGCCACCUUCCCGGCCCAGCUCCCAACCUGCUUCUCCUACGCAGAUUCCUUCCCCUACAACGCAGUUUCCCACAUCCAUCCUCCCUGCACCCGUCUCACCAACGCACUGCACCCUCCUUUCCCCACCCCCUCUCCCUGGCUCCGCGCUUGCUUUUCCUACCGGCCCACAGGUAUGCGCGCCUAUACCACUGUUUUCUUUUUCCCUCUGUCCUCCCUUCCCCCUCCCCUCCAGCUCUGCACCGCUCCUGCUUCUCCUACACCCACGUCUUCCCCACUGCACUGCACGACCCCCGACACUCCGCACGUGCUUCUCUCAGGCCCAAUUUUGGGCCACAAACUUCUGCUCCUAUGGUGGCGGUGCACGGCCCAGCUCAUGCGCUGUCCCUUCCUCUCCCCUUCCCACCUCCCCCAAUCCUUCCCCCUUCACACCACGACCUCCACACCGCACCUGCCUCCACUGCACUGAUUUCUGGCCCAUAA